AUGUCUCCGUACCUCCGAAAAAUCGUACUUUUCACUGAAUGUAAAUUUCUAAAUGUUAUAGCGAGGUGGCCCGGAUCUACUCAUGACGCAACUAUUUUUGGUAAUAGUAAUAUUAGGGCACAGUUUGAAGGACAUCAUUUUCCGAACUGCAUUUUGUUAGGUGACAGUGGAUAUCCCUUGACAAAUUAUUUUUUAACACCAUUAGCCAAUCCUGUAACACAAGGGCAACAGUUGUAUAAUGAGGCUCAUAUUAGAACACGGAAUAUUAUAGAGAGGUUGAUAGGCGUUUGGAAACGACGAUUUCCUGUCAUCGCUUAUGGCAUUCGCCUAAAACUAGAAACUGUGAAGACUGUCAUCAUAGCCACAACUGUUUUGCAUAAUUUAGCUCGGGAAAUGAAUGAGCCAGAACCACCUGUUACAGAUGAUAUAGAUGCUGAAGAAUUAAAUUAUUUGAUUGAAAUUGCAGAUAUUCCGAAUAUAGCUCAGGAUGAUAAUGUGCCUAUCAUUUAUAUUCAGCAUAUGUUAGUCAAUCACUUCUCAAACAUAUAA